AGGACUCCAGGACGCGCCCCCCGAGCCCGCGAUGGAGACGGCCGCCCUGCGCCUCCUGCAACUUUUCCUGAUGCUCCUCGGCGGUUCAUUUCAAGAGGCAAGCUGUUGCAAUGAAACUCUUAUGCUACAAAAGUUGCCUGAGUGUGGUAAAGUGUUUGAAGAAAUGAUGAAGAAAGUGGAUGCUAAAAAAUGGUGUAACCUGACAGAAUUUAUCAUGUACUAUGACAACUUUACCUCCUGCACAGAACUUGAAACCAAUAUCGUGGGCUGUUUUUGGCCCAACCCCCUAGCUGAAGGCUUCAUCACAGACAUACACAGACGAUUCUUUUCAAACUGCACUUCAGACAAAGUCCACUGGGAAGACCCUCCGGAUGAAAUUCUCAUCCCGCUGAUUCUAAUCCCCGUCUUGUUGACGGUGGGCAUGGCAAGCAUGGUGGUGUGGUGCAGUAAGCGCAGUGACAUCCUGGUAUAGAUCUCUCUUCCCCCUCCUUCCCGGUAUGACUUUACUCACUUUUUUCGGGACAGAGAGCAUGAGUCAAGCAUCGGGAAUCACCAUUGAAUUACUACUUUGACCUAGAGCCUCAGUCUGGCAAGAGGCAACCUUUUGAGGGACUGAGAAAUCUAGAUGAUGAAUUUCCAUUUCCCAUUUCUGUGGGAGAGAGUAUUCUACACUGGUGCCACAAAGUCAUAAGGUCUCUUCGUGCUAUAACCCUCCUGAUGUGGGUGACUGGAGAGGACAUUCCCUUGUGGUUGGUGGAAUGUAGAAGAGCAGUGCAGCCUUCCUGGUAGACAAGACCAAAAGUCCACCUCAGAGCCAACAUUCGAAGUUUGAAAAAUGCUACUGGAUACUGGUUAUCAGUUAUCCGGUUUACAGUUUUCUGAGAUUCCGUUUAUGGCGUGGACCACUUCCAAAGUUACUGCCCUCUCACCCAAUUGAGGUUUCAUUUGGAAGUUUCGAUGAGGAUGGUUAUCGUCAAACUUUUCCCAGAAGCACUCAGAACAGACAAGGAUCCAAGACAGGAACUGCUUUUUAGGACGCAGGACCAUCAUCAGCAGAUGUGGGAGCAGAGACAGUGGCAUGUUAAAAAUAACUUGUGGCAUGCCCUUUGACGAUGACUUAUUAGAGUUGGAAGAUUUGGGACAAGCUGACAGGAAAGAUGCAGACCUUUUUUUUCUCCAGAGCUGGGAAAGAAUGAGAAGAAAUGAGCUGGCUGACUUGACCGAAGAAUGGUGAAGGAACUGUCAGAUAUGUCAGAUACCAUCUGCCGUUCUUUAAUUAUUGUUAUUAUUUUUAUUAUUAUUGAAAGUGGCUGCUGAUAUCAUCUCCUGCCCAACCUCUGCACAAGGAGAGGUUCUGGCACACAGUGUGCUGUAAAUAAAUUUUAAAAAGAUACUAAAAAACAGGGUGGCCUUUCAAAAUUUACUGAUGUUUUUCACUUCAAAAGAUUUAAAACCAGAUGUCAUGACAAUAAAGUCAUUACGAAUAUAAGGAAGGAAUCUUCUGUUUAUGUUAGAGAGAAAGAUACAGAGAACAGUGAUGAAUCAAGUCUUUUUAAACAUGAGAACAAAUUAUGUCUGAAUGUUGCCUUGGACAUUUGGGUUUGGUAUGCUUACUGGAAAUCUGUUUUCUCUGUUUCUGUAGUUGGGCUUUGAUUGCCACUUGAUACAUUCUCCAAGACUUCCAUUCUAGACUUGUCAAGAGCGUCCCUUUUCAAUUAACUCUGUUUUCAUUCGUCAUGCAAUCCAAAAAGCAUGCUAACAUUGCUUUCUCUUCUCUGUUCUCAUUGUCUUCUGAUCUGCUCUCAGUGGAGGAUAAACUUGAUUUGUGAUG